GACAGGGAGUUGUCUGGAGCAUACAGUCUUGUUUAAAUGUAAUUGGAUAAAAGUCUUCUGGACCUGCCAAUCAGAAGCUCAGUGUGUGUUUGCGUGUGGGGUGGGGGGGGACUCAAUGUGAGAGAACACAACUAAGACAGAAGUUAAAUUAAGUACAGUACAGGCCAACAGUUUAGACACCUCAUUCAGUGUGUUGUCUUUACUUUCAUGACUAUUUACUUUGGGAGAUUCUCACUUAAGGCAUCAAAACUAUGAAUGAACACAUGUGGAGUUAUGUACUUAAGGGACGUGUGUGUGUGUGUGUGUGGCCCGGAGGACAGAGGACAGGAGAACGCGCAGCUAAUUAAUUAAAUACUUUGGUUCUGUACCUUUCUCUUCAGCACAGCCGACAAAGGUUUAUGAUGGGUCAGUCCUCCUGCAUGCUCAGAUCAUUCCCUUCCCUUGCUUGAAAAAUCGUUCCAAAAUGAAAGUUGAACCCACAUGUUUUUUAUCUGUGAAUUCAAUGCCGUUCGGCGAGUCUCAAAUAAAAAUGUGGGCAUCUUACUGUAAAAAAAUAUACCAUUAAUGUAAAAAAGAAACUCUAAAUAAACUAUGUUCACAUCCAGAAUCAAACCCAGGUCUGCUGCAUGAGAGUCAGACAUCUUACAAGGUGAGCUAACUCUAGUAGCAUUCUGUAACUUUUAUAUCCUUGAUGACAGCUGAAACAACGUCAAACCAAAGAACGGUUCGAAGUGAAAAUGGCUAUUUUGUUGCUAAUUUGCAGGAAAUAUCUAGAAGAAAGUUCUACAGAAAGUAGCUAAGGGUCCUCAGAAAUGUAGCUAGCUUUGUCACUAGGCGUUAGGAACAGCGACAAAGUGGCACUGCCUCUCUCUCUGCUGCUAAAGCUACGGAUAGCAAAUGCUACGGGCGAUGCCUGAGCGUGAACGCGCAUGAAGCAGCCUGCUCGACCCGAGCAUCUCUCUUUUUCUGUGAUUUUACAGAAAAACAGGCAAUCACAGUAAAAAUGCCAGGGCUCAUUCUACAGGACCAGGGCAUUGCAGGAGAAUGUAUGAAGAAGACAUUUAUUAUUUCUAUACAUGUUUUGGCUGUCAAACUUCCAUAAUGCCCCUUUAACCAAAAAAGGUGAAAUAACGGAAAACAUGGUUUAUGUUCUAUUUUCUUCAAAAUAGCUCUCCUUUGCUCUGAUUGCUGCUUUACACACUCUUGGCAUUCUCUUGAUGAGCUUCAAGAGGUGUGUAGUACUUGUUGGCCGCUUUGUAAAUGGUCAUGAAUUGAAAGAAAACACAUUAAAUGAGGAGAUGUGUCCAAACUUUUGGCCGGCACUGUACAUCAUGGUGACAUCCCAGCCAGUGGAAAUAGUAUUUUACACGACAGAUUGAGAAUGUGUUGGGUAAUGAUGAUGUGACCACAGGGUGGUACCCGCAUGCUGUACAUGCAUCGAUGUGGACCAUGUAAGGAUAAAGAAAUGCACUUGUUGGGUCUUGGUUGUGAGAUUGUUGGAAAACGUCAAUGACGCUGUCCGUGGUGCUGCAAGUAUCUGAUGGAAGUACUGCGUCACCAAACACUGCAUUAACGCAUGCAUUACUGGAGGUGUGCGUUUCCUUCUGAUUCAAAUACCUUAUGGUAUUUGUUAAAUGGUCGCAGUGUGUGCAGGGGGGCUUCUCGGGGGAGCUGCCGCCGCUUUUCCGAUGAGCGCCACAUACACACGAAUGGGCUGUGACGCCGCGCGCUGCGCCGUGAACGCACAGAGCGCAGUCCACCUGCUGGAACAGUGCGCUGUGUGACGGACGCAAGGCAGCUCCAUCUCCCCUUCCUCCUGCCUUUCUCAUGCUGGCGAGCAGCGGCGGAGAAAACAGUGUCAGGACCACUGAGCGGCCUCCAUUUUUAAUCCAAGAAAUCUAAUUCCAGGUGCGACAGCAGCCACAUCUCUGCAGGACCCGUCUAGCUCACCCCGCCCGGGUAUGGAGGGUCGUUUUUAGGGUCCUGGAGGUACGAGGGGCGGCAGAAGAGCGGGAACGGGGACGCUGUCGGAAUCUAGCCAAAAUUACGACGGGAAUCAAGUACAAUCCACUGUCUCCCGGUACCGGGGGAGACCACCGGCCACUAGUGAUGUCUCGCACGAAGGAGCGAAUGAAAGGCGGGAAGGAGACCAAGGACAGCGUCACUCUGCUGCCAUGUUUUUACUUUGUGGAGCUUCCCAUCCUGGCCUCCUCGGCUGUCAGCCUUUAUUUCCUCGAGCUGACGGACUUUUUCCAACCGGUGCAUUCUGGCUACAGUUGUAACGACCGCAGUCUGUCAUUGCCCUACAUCCUGCCCAGACAGGAAGUUUGCCCGCUGCCCUUGCUCUUCAGCUUGGCCUUUGCUGUCCCGACUGUCACUAUUCUGAUAGGGGAGGCCAUCCUGUACUGCUAUCUGUUCAGGAGGUCAUCAUCCAGACAGACUGAGGCCAACAUCAGCGCUGCAGGCUGUAAUUUCAACUCCUACAUUCGCAGAGCUGUACGCUUCAUAGGAGUCCAUAUUUUCGGCUUGUGCGUGACAGCACUCAUAACUGAUAUUCUUCAGUUGUCCACGGGGCAGCACACGCCUUACUGGCUGGAAGUCUGCAAACCCAACUUGACCCACAUUAACAUGUCCAGCUGCGAUGAAGCUUUUAUCCUGGAGGAUAUCUGCUCUGGACAGGACCAGAGUCUCAUCAGUGCUGGGAGAAAGUCUUUCCCCUCUCAGCACGCCACACUGUCUGCUUUUGCUGCCGUCUACAUCUCAAUGUACUUCAACGCGGUGCUGACAGACUCGGCCAAGCUGCUGAAGCCUCUGCUGGUGUUCUCUUUCACCAUGCUGGCCAUCCUGGCUGGACUAACCAGGAUCAUUCAGUUCAGAAACCACCCUGUGGACGUCUACUGUGGGUGGCUGCUAGGAGCUGCCAUCGCUGUUUACCUGGGUGUUUACACGGUCAGCAAUUUCCAGCCGAGCAAAGAUUGCUCCAGAAGUCGACUGCCUGGUCCCAUUUUGAGAGAGCCACCCCUUUCCUCCCUCCCCAAUGUCAGCCAGUCAGCAGUUAGCAACAGCCACCAAGGCCACCACACCCUGGCUCCCAGCCCACAAAAGCCCAUCCUGACGAGGACCCUUUCUCAUGCCCUGUCCCCUGACCGUCCAGUGCCCAUUUUGACACGCAGCUCCUCCUACCGAGAGCCAUCUUUGAGCAACCUAAAGAGAGCGAGCGCUGAGGUAGAGGUGAUCACGUCAUCCAGUCCACCAGGAAGCCGAGACAACAUGAUGACCUUCAGCAGCAGCACCUUGCCAAGGUCCCAUGGUGGUUCCUCUGUGGAGGAGGGUCGUAUUCCACGCCGUCAUGCCUCCAUCCACACCUCAAUGGACUCAACUCGAUCCAAACAGCUACUCAGCCAAUGGAAAAAUAAAAAUGACAACAGAAAGCUGUCACUGCAGGUGAUGGAUGGGAUACGGCCACCUUCCUCCUCAUCUCCCCAGAGAAACGUGGAGCUCCGCUGCUCCUCUGAGCCCUCUGCCAUGGGCCUGGAGAUAGAGCUCCACGGUGGAACCCACAAUCCCUCAGCCUCUGGCCAGGAAGCAGACAUGCGAGUUGGGGCCCACAUCCCAGCUCAGUACAUGAAGCUGGCAGCUAGCUCUGUACCGAUAAACAAUCAUAAUCACCUGGCACAUAACGGCAGCACUGGAAUGGCAGGAGGGGCCAGAGCUUCUAUCCAAUCUCGACCGGGAUCCUCUCAGCUAGUCCACAUCCCUGAGGAGGAGAAUCCCUCCAGCAGAGAUCAGGAGAGUGAAUCAGAGGACAGCUUGAUGGAUGGAGGUGGAUCAGUGAGGGAAAAGUGGCUGAGAGUGGCUGAGAAGACCACCCUCCCCUGCAGACCCCUCAGUGCUGGAGGACAGCCCCGUCUCAUGCAGGUGAUAGCUUUAUCCAAACAGCAGGGCCUGCUUCACUCUCCCCGACUGGAGGAUGUUGGCAGCACUGUCAGCUGCACUGGAUCCAUUCGGUACAGAGCGCUAACGGACCAGGAUCCGUCGCCGCCGGCCUCUACCACAGGAGCAGUGGGAGGUGGAAGAACAGGAGGAGGCUUGGAACGAACGGGAAGUAUAGUUCGUGUUGACGCCCAUCCGGAGAUCAGGCAGAACAAACCAGUGGUGAAACCUCCAAAUUCUGAAGGAAAUGGCUCGUGGAGAUGGAAGCCGCCGGAACAGCGAGCGUCCCUGAGACAGUCAGCCUUUGUGCUCAAUGACCUGAACAGAAACACAGACAGCUGUGAUUCUCUGAGGGAUGGUGGGUCUGUGGAUGGAAGGAGGAGUGUUGCAGGAACUGAGUCCGAGAGUGAAAGCUGUGGGGAUGGAGGGGGCGGGGGUUGCGUCCAGAUCAACCACCCACACGUAGUACACCCUCUGCAUCCUCUACAUCCAAACAACCCUAACAAUUUUCAGCACCCUAAUUUCAUUCCCAGCAAUUCCAAUAAUCCAAACUUUAACAAUGAUCUCCCUAAUUACAACCCCAAUGCCUCCAACUUUGGCGUGACAUUCUGUCCACCUUCCACCUUUGCUCCCCCUUUCCACCCCCACCCUCAGGCGAUUACCACCAUCCGGAUCACCCCAGUGGAAGCCACAGCAGCAAGCAGUGAUGGAGGCUCAGAUUGCCAGUCAGUGGCCUCCUCCAGCCGGGAGUCUACUCUUAGGAGGAAGGGCAGCGGCAACCUCGUCCAUGUCGUAGACCCAGGCCCAGACCCCGAUCUCCAACACAACCACCGCCCAUCUGAUGAAAAUAACUGCUAUGACGGUGAGAGCACCAACCGUUUCCACGAAAACCUUAGAAAUUUCCAAGAAAACCCCAUUCAGCCCAGUUUUCCUAACAGGCAGAUGCAGAAUGUGUUUGGGCGUCCCAGCCCAACCCCUCCCCCCACCUUACCCCGACCCGUCCUAACUCACACUCCACCUCCGACUUCGGGCCUGGCCUAUAAAGAGUCACAUCUGUAUAAACCUGUGAUUUAGCACUUGACCAGUGAAGGGUUUGUCUGGGGGGCUUCUGUUGGGUCCAGUGCCCAGAACACGAAUCCACGAGGAACGCAGGGUCAGCUAACUCCAUUCGACCUCGCCUGCAGCUGAGCCAAUCAAAACCAGGCAGCAGGUUUACUCAGAACCCAGAUCCAACAUUGAGCAGCUGAGAUCUCAAACAAGCAGCAGACAGGUCCCUCAGUAAGGGCUUUUUAAAUAUUGUUUGUUUGUUUUAAUCGAAGACUGAGCAACAGUGGUCUGAACUCUUGAUGACUUAACUCAGGGAGAGUUAGGCAUCUCUCCAGCUGGGAUUGGGAUUACAUUAACAAAUCCGCUCCUGCCACCACUAAAAACACAGAAAACACAUUCAAAUGUGAACUCUGACCUCAGCAUUUGUGUGUUUGUACAUAAGGAGGCUUUUCUCAGAGGAGACGACGGUGUUGAAUAAGGUCAGUAUGCGUUAAGUGUUGUGUUUACUAGAAGCAUAGACUUUUAACCCUUUAUUUGUGACAUCAUCACUAGCUGUUUUAUAUAAACUUUAUGACGUUGGUGCAUCGAAACGUUCAGCUCAACGAUGGCGACGAGGAUUUGUCCUUAAGUAAAUCCAAAGAUGUAUUCACUUUUGGGUUCUGAGGGUCAAACAUGAGAUGAAGCUGUUAUUAACAUUAUUAUGAUUUUGUUACCUGCCUAGUUUAAGUGGUGUCGUAUUGAUAAAAGCAUCUAUGUGCUC